AUGUUCCGCAAGAAGGCAGGGAGGCGCUCGAGUCAUGGGAACUACCGCAAGUGGAGAAUUAGGCCUGGCCUCUCAGAGUCCGAGAUUCAACGCAUAGUUGAGGACUCUGAGAAGUAUGCCGAGCAGGACAAGGAGCGCAAGGCUGUCAUCGAGACUGCCAACCGCGCCGACAGCGUUGUGAACGACACCGAGAAGGCCCUCAACGAGUAUGCCGACAAGCUUGACAAGAGCGAGGCCGACCAGAUCCGCGAGAAGAUCACGUCUUUGCGGGAGUUGGUUGCCAAGGCCCAGUCCGGUGAGAUCACUGCGACCGCGGCCGAGAUCAAGGAGAAGACGGAUGAGCUCCAGGUGGCCAGCCUGAACCUGUUCGACAAGAUGCACAAGCCAGAGCACGGAGGGCACUGA